UUCCGCGUUCGACUCGUUCUGCCUUGAAGCCCGGGCACUGAUUUGUCGCCCGGCCCAUGUCCGCUCCGAGUUUGCCUGGAUGGAGAAAGCAUUCGGUCUGGCGUUCGCCAGGGACACCUAAGGCUGCGUUCCUGGGCCUUGCAGAGUCUGAGCCUAAGAAGGCCCUCAGCGCAAUAACCUCGCUCGACAUAUCUGGGCUGAGGGACGCUUCACUUGUGGGGUUAGGAAAAGUUUAGCUAGCGGCGAGCUGCGGCGGCAUCCAUGGGUUUCCGAUUUCUCUGCUUUCUGAUUUGCUACCCUGCGGGGGAUGCGCAGCGUGAUGUUUGCUAAUAGCGGGUCCCGAAGGUUUACACGACUCUCCAACGGGAGUGGAGCGAAGGGCCCGGACCAGUCUAGAGUCUAGUGAACAGAGGAGCAGAAACUGCUACUGGGUCUUCGUCCACAUUGUACUAUCUUGGCAUCGCAUGGUGACAUGACUUAGAGGGUGGUGUUAGAGGUCGGUGCUGCCCGUGGGGUCAUGAGAAGUUUCCUGAAGUCUUCAUUGAACAAAGAUCUUUUUGUCCUCACCUAUGGAGCUCUGGUCGCCCAACUGUGUAAGGAUUAUGAAAAAGAUGAAGAUGUGAAUAAAUAUUUAGAUAAAAUGGCCUAUCCUGGACAGGCGUGCCCUCCUACCAUGUUUGCUGUGCUGAUAGAAAAGGGAUACAGCAUCGGAACACGACUGGUGGAAGACUUUUUGGCUCGGUCCUGUGUGAGAAGAUGCCAUAGUUAUUCAGAAAUUAUAGACAUAAUUGCACAGGUUGCUUUCAAGAUGUAUUUGGGAAUUACACCAAGUGUGACCUGCAACAAUUCAAGCAGAAAUGAAUUUUCCCUGAUUUUAGACAAGAAUCCUCUGGUGGAGUUCGUGGAAGAGCUCCCCACUGGGCGGUCUUCAUUGUGCUACUGCAACUUGCUCUGUGGGAUCAUCAGAGGAGCCCUGGAAAUGGUUCAUUUGGCCGCUGAUGUUGCAUUCUUGCAAGACAGACUAAAAGGCGACCGUGUGACUGAAAUAGGAAUAACAUUUCUGAAAAAGCUAGAUGAGAAAAAAUAUAGACGGAAAAAAUGAAGAAUAGCAUGCAAAAUGCCACAGGGUGGUUAGUCAAGGAGUUAACUAAUACUGAAAUAUGUAUAGCCAUAGAAAUUUGAAAUUACUUAAAAGCAUGAACUUUUGGAAGGCUUAUAAAGUAGUCAGAUAUUUGAAAUGCCCAGCACUAGGAUUCAAAGCUAUUUUUUCUUUUGUUUAUAAAUUACACAUAUCUUAAAUUUCAUUUCCACAAGAUUUCAUAUACAAGUUACUCCUUAUAAGAUAGCAAGCAUGCAUUCCAAAUAUUAUACAAUUCAUCCUAAGAGAUUAAAUUCAUUCCAUUUACUUAUGGUGAUGGGAGAAAAACACUCCACCUAUACAAAGAGUUGGUAUAUUUAUCUCUUCUCAUUGGAAAAAUGGAUGAAAUGGUCCAAUAAAGAGUUAACUUAUUGGUAGACAGUUUCUAAAUAUUGUAUAUUGCAUUCUCUUUAGAAACAGUUCCAUUUGUAACACUUUUCCAUAUUUUUGAGGUAUUACAGAUGUGACUUUUCUCAUAUGUUAGCUUGGAUUAUACCUUCAGCCCCCUGAAGCUACUUUUGAUUUGCAAUCACUGAGGCAAGAUAUUUAUUUAGGUGUGCUAAUUCUGAGACAUUUAAAAGUAGCAUUUAAUUCUAAUUCAUUUUAUUUUUUAAUUUAAUUUAUUUGAUUUUUAGAUAGCUGGUAUUAUUCAAAUUCCUUCAUUUUCUUGUGAAAAAUCAUUGCUGAUGGCUAGGCCAGAAAAAUCUCUUAAAUGAGGUUUAAAUAGUGCUCUUUAAGAACAAUUCACUACCUCCAAACUUAUUCAGUUAGUGUUUUUCACAGUCAUUUUUAUCCCCUAAAAAUCUUCCAAAGAAUAUUUUGCCUGUGUCUGUCUGUGAUCAGAACAAUGUUUAAACUUCAAAAUUCACUGGAUUAAAUAAACAAGUAUCUUCACUAGAUGAUCAGCACACAAUGUGGUAGCCUGUGUGGCUGCCCAGAAUCAGUUAGGCUCCGCAGAAAACUCAAAUUACAAGCAACAGUUACAAUUAGUUUGACACCAUCAGUUAAAACUGGUGUAAGCAAUAUGGUAGGGAUAGACCUCAACUAAAGACUUAGGAGUUUGAGGUUCCAGUCCCAGUUCUGUUUCUAAAUAGUGGGUGAUUCUGGGCAAGGCACAUGAUCUCUCAAAGCCUCUCUCUCUUUUUUUUUUCUCAUCUGUAAAAGGGGAGGAUUGGAUAUGAUAAAAAUUUAAAAUUUUCCAAUGUGUUAAAUGACAUAAUUAACCACUGAAACUCUAAAUUUUUUGGUGUUUAGAAAAGUAGAGAGAAAUUUUUUUGGUUCUGCAUGUACUCAGCUAUCUCUCCAAGAGAACACUGAGGUUGAGAUAGGUAGUAAGGACCAAAUAGGGACAUUGCAGCUGUGACAGCAUCAAUGGAAAAUCCUUCAAACCAGUUCACAGAAAAUCAGGAGUAGAAUCCAGAAGAAUCAGAAAUGAUACCAAUAUGUCAUGUAUUUUUAAACCAAUGCCUCCAGAAGAAUGCUCCCUUACAAUCCAUCCCAAAGUUCCUUUUGAAGAUUUUCCCUUCUUUGCUCAGUAGCCUCUUUCUCCUUCACAGUGCUCACACCCUUCAUAUAGCACUCAGGCCCAAGCUCUUUGUGUCUAAGGGCCACCCUCUUAUGUCAGAACCCAAUUAGCCCACUUGACAGUGUUCUGUGACAAUGCUCCAUGGAGUAUUUUUCUAUCUGUUCACAUCCUCCUUUCCUUUCUUUCCCAACCCAACUGUCAAAACCCAUCAAAAGUUCACUGGGCCACCUUGGUCUUGGAUACAAGGAAUGAAUGGGGAGAAGGCACGCAAGGAUGGAUCCCGGAUCGUGGAGAGGGCAAGGAGUGAGAGGUAGAAUAGGGGAGAAAAAAAAAGUAGGAGAAAGACAUUGUCAGAGAUCUAUGGAAUGUUAUCUCUCCAGAAACAGAGUGGUGACUCAUAGAAACAGUAAAGAAAGU